CUUGGUCUGAAGAACCGGACUCAUUACGCACCCUCUCAUCUUCUCCAGUCUCUCGAGAUAUAUCAUCCGGUCCAAGACCUCCAAUCUUAGCAUCAAUCCACCGGAGCUGGAAUCCCCUUGUUCAGCGACAGCAAGUGCCCCUUUUUUAGUUCUGUUUAGUUCUUGGUUCACAACAUUCACCAUCGUCGCCUCCAUAUAUCAAGAACUUCAUACCCCGUCUUUCCCCAGUUUCCUCUUGUUUGGUCUUUACCCACAAACCGACACUCACUCAACAACCCCAUACGCGAGCGAACGACUUAUUCUCUGCGAGAUUCGACGUGCUUUGCCUGUAUCCUGCUUCGACCGGUCACUACCAGCGAGCAUACACACCAUCAUAUAAAACAACAAAAAAUAAACGCCAAAAAAGAUUUCCACAAUGGAUCGGAGAGAUCCCCAACAUUCGGCGUGGACCGAGUCUGAGGUGUCGACACGCAAGAACUCGGCAGAGUGGCAGACGUCCAGACCAAACUCACCCAAGCUGGCACCGCUAGACCUCGGAUUCGUCGACGAGAAGAAGGGCAAGGAGACGGAGAAGGACGGCUACAACACAUCCAUCACGCCCGUCGUGGAGAAGGGAACAACACCUCACGCCGCCGCCCACAGCCACCUUCGCGAUGUUCCCGGCCUCGGAAUGAUUGACAUCAACGACCCUAACCGCCCGAGGUUGGGCUGGAAGGCACGUAUCCACCACUUCACCUGGGCGUGGUACACCCUCACCAUGAGCACGGGAGGUCUCGCGCUCCUCAUCUUCGCACAACCGCAUCAGUUCCCCGGACUGAGGCAAAUCGGUACCGUCGUCUAUGUCAUCAACAUCAUCCUCUUCGUCCUCGUCUGCUCCGCCAUGUUGACAAGAUUCUUCCUCUACCCCGGAGACAUGAAGAAGUCCCUGACCCACGAGCGUGAGGGUUUCUUCUUCCCGACUUUCUUCCUGUCCAUCGCCACGCUCAUCACCAGCACGAACCGAUACGCCAUCCCCGAGAACGAUGAGACCCUCGUCUGGGCCAUCCAGGUCGCCUUCUGGGGUUACCUCAUCGUCACGCUCAUGUUGGCCAUUGGCCAGUACAGCUUCGUCUUUGCCAGGCACAACUUUGGCCUCCAGACCAUGAUGCCAACAUGGAUUCUUCCCAUCUUCCCCAUCAUGCUUACUGGUACCAUUGCCUCCGUCAUCGCCGACACCCAGCCCGAGAUCGCGGCAGUGCCCAUCGUCGUUGCCGGCCUCACUUGCCAGGGUCUUGGUCUGUCCGUCGCCGUCCUCAUGUACGCACACAUGGUCGGCCGCCUCAUGUCCGCAGGCCUUCCCCACCGUGAGCAUCGCCCUGGUCUGUUCAUGAACGUCGGUCCCCCGGCCUUCACUGCCCUCGCUCUCAUCGGCAUGGCCAACGGACUGCCCAACAACCUCGACCCCGACCGCGAUGGAAUCAUCAUCGACGCUGGCAUCAUCAGGACCAUUGCUCUCAUGAGCGCCAUCUUCUUGUGGGCCUUGGCUGCCUGGUGGUUCGGUAUCGCUACCAUCGCCGUCAUCUCAUCGCCGCCUGUUUACUUCCACUUGGGUUGGUGGGCCAUGGUCUUCCCCAACACAGGUUUCACUCUCGCCACCAUCACCAUCGCGAACCAGCUCGGUAACGAGGCCGUGAAAUGGUUCGCAACAGGAAUGAGUGUCUGUCUACUAGGAGCUUACUGCUUCGUUCUGUACCACCACAUCAGGGCCGUCGUUAUCCAAGACAUCAUGUACACCAUGAGAGACGAGGACUACAACGACCACUGA